AUGAAACUAACUUCAUCUUCAGAUAUCCCCAAAGUCGUUCCUCUUACCUGUCACGGGCACUCACGCCCUGUGACCCAUUUGAGCUUCUCCUCCACUGUGGAAGAAGAGCUGUACUACCUCAUCUCGGCAUGCAAAGAUAACAAUCCUAUGCUGCGGGAUGGUAUUACAGGUGACUGGAUCGGCACAUUUCUUGGCCACAAAGGUGCAGUAUGGCAGUCCCGACUGUCUGCCGAUGCUGCUAUUUCAGCUACCGCGGCAGCAGACUUCUCCGCCAAGGUCUGGGACACUUACACGGGUGAAUGCCUCCACACUCUCCAGCACAAUCACAUCGUGCGCUCGAUUGCUUUCCCAAUCCAGGCAAGCCCCCAAGUUCUCGCCACAGGCGGGGCAGAGAAGAAGCUGCGUAUCUGGGAUCUCUCCCGCGGCUCCAGCGGAGGUGGUAGUGCCGGAUCCUCUCCUCCCCUCCCACCCACAGGCGGCGAAGCAACAAGCUAUGAGAUCGGCGCCGGCGUCCACGGUGGCACCAUCAAAUCCAUUGUCUGGAACAAGGACUACAACAUCCUGACCAGCGCCGCCGAAGACCGUAAGAUCCGCUGGUGGGAUCUGCGCUCGCGUCAUCCAAUCGUCGAGUACGGCGUUGAUGGAGCCAUCGGCUCGUGUGAAUUGAACACCCUCGCCACUCGCCCCAACGACUCCGGUAUCCUGACUGUCGCCGCUGGCAAGAGCGUCUAUCUUUUCGACGCGAUGCAGCCAGGCCGUCUACUGAAAAAGGCUGAUUUCGACUAUGAGGUCGCUAGUGCCGCCGUCAAUAGUGAUUCGGCUCGUUUGGUUACAGGUAAUGCUGGAGAUACCUGGGCUCGUGUGUACGACCUCAACAACGAUGAAGAACUUGAGGUGCAAAAAGGUCACCACGGUCCUAUCUGGUCCAUUAGCUUCUCGCCCGACGGUAAGCUCUACGGUACUGGCAGCGAAGACGGUACCAUCAAAUUGUGGAAGGCCUGCCGAGAGCAAUAUGGACUGUGGCGUUGA